AUGGCCGAGUUUGGCAUGCGACAUGCAAACCAGCAUGUGCUGUGGACACCACUGACCCUCGACCCUCACGACUGCCCGCCCUGGACAGACAAAUAUCUAGAUCUGUGGCCCCACAUCUGCUGCCUGCUGGCCUUUCCACUGGAGGCCACCACGGCUUUCGUGGACCACCAGAAGUUGGACUGCCAGCUUUCCAGAAGUCCCAGCUCCUGCCUGGGCGCAGUGCAAAAACCCAAGGCCUUGAUCUGCCUCCCUGGAGGGAGACAGUCUGCAGGGGCCUGGAAACCAAUGUGCCAUGCCCCGUGGGACCGUGAACUGUCCAUCUCCCUGACAGAACCUGAGGCCCUGGCGGACCCGCUGGCAGAGGUGGCUGCCGCUGUGUCGGCAGUGGUGGGGUUGGAAGCUGAGGCCAAGGGCCCCUGGGUGAGCAUCGGCAGGAAGCAGAGGGCCCCGUGCCCAGUCCAGAAAACCCUUGGUUCCUUCAGUAAUCUCGAAGUGCAUAUGGGCCGGCUUCCAGGACGGCAGCCCUCUGCCAGCGACCAGCGUCCCUAUACCUGGACCCGGAGCAGCAAGGAGGGCCGCAGGAAGACCCACCAGCAGAUGCACCCUCGGAGCCCCCGCAGGGCCAAAGCCAGCAAAGUUCCUGCCACCGACUCUGACUCUCUGGAACCAGCUGCCCAGGCCACUGCCCCAUCAGCAGCCUCCCUCCCAUGCAGCCGUGGGCGGGUGCUGGAGCUGCCACCACAGAGAGUGCAGGGCUCCGGCAACAGAGAAAUGAACCUGCAAAGAGCCAGAUGUCCACCAAGAAGAUGCCAGAGCUGUGGUGGCAUCUGGAUGCCACCAUCUGGAUGCAAGAGCCGUGGGCCUGGGGGCAUCUGUGAGUUCUGUGGGAAGCAUUUCACCAGCAGCAGCGACCAGAUGGCAGGCCAGCGGCCUUACACCUUCGAGUUCCGCUCCUGUACCUGUGCCCAGAGCAGCAAGCUCAACCCCCACCACGACCUGCAUGGUCUGGAGCCCGUCAGCGCCUGCUUCGAAGGACCCCAUUGCUGUUUGUCCUUCCGCCCGCGGCCCGCCCAGGACAAACACCCACAGCAGAAACACCCCGAGGUGGGCAGGGACACCUGA